AUGGAGUCCAUUAUUGAUCUGCUCCAACUGCCAACCGCGUCCGAGGCUCAGGGUAGCUACUACAACCACCCAACUGGACGGAUUGAAGAAGCAGUGCGAAUGCUGAGGACGUACGACCAUGAGCGGAUUGGCCGACUUGACCUCCAGCUCAAAGAAAACAGCCAAACCCUCGCCAAAUUUGCCAAAGGCGCAAACCAAGGGAUAAGAAUCCUGCGAGCACAGGCCGAACGACGACGUCUAGAAGCGAGACAUCAGCUCCUAGUAUCAGGAUGGGAGCAAAUCAAAGCCAACCUGCAGCCCGCCUCUCUAAUGCUACUAGCCCUGCCCCUCGAGAUCCGCGACCAGAUCUACUCUCAUCUGUACACGCGGUCGGAAGUCAUCCACAUCCAGUAUCCCGACUCCAAUACCUUGAAUGGCCGUAUGCUCCCGGGAGACGCCUACUUCUACAUGAACGCGGCCGUGGUAGCACCGCAAAUCGCCCUCGAAGCCGCAAAAGUGUUCUAUCACUCAAACAGCUUCUCGCUAGAAACUCCAAACGCCGAACACAUCUCCCGCUUCCUCUCAACCGACCACUACGGCAGCAGCGUCCAGCCCGCCUCGAUCCUGCGCCGUAUCGCUAUCGACCUGAAGGACGUCCGCCAUUACAGCUCCGGCUACGAUACGCCUACGGGCCCAGAGCCACCAGGAGAGUUCGAGAAGGAGCUACGGCAGGACAUGGCGAUCAGGCCGACUGCUUAUAAUCACCGCCACCUCGAGGCCCCGCUGCUCGCUAUGCCCGAGCUCUGCGUCCUCGACGUGUCGAUUGAAAAGUCUAGUGAGGGGCACUUGCGACCGUUAGCGCCGCUCUUCAAGAAGCUACGGAGACGCGGUGUCCGCGUGCGAGUAAUACUGAAGUGGAAGCAGUACCGUCGCCCGUCCUAUGAGCUUUUCGAGGUGCCUGGACGCGUGAUUUUGAAGGAGCGGGAAUGGGAGGAGAAGGACGAGAGCCCUAAUUCUGUCUCUGACGACGACGACGCUUGGGUCGACAAUGCCGCUAUUCCUAAGGAAUGCGCGGAUAUUUCUAGGCUCUUCGAUAAUCCGACGGAUAAGGACUGGGAGUUGGUCAGGGAGCAUGGGGAGCGGUUGAAGCGUGGUCAGGAGGUGGCGAAGGACGAUAUGAAGUUGUGGUUUGCGAAAGGGCGGAUCGUUUAUGAAGAGCAAUUGGACGUCUGUGAGUGGCUGGAUGAGAUGGAGAGGGUGGCACGUGCUGUGGAGACGAGUGGCGAAUCUGAGGACGUAUCCCGGCCGACUGACACUCUGGAAGAUGCACAGUUCGAUGAGCUCAAGUCAGCGUUGGGGGGUACUGUAUCUCAACGGGGUACCCCCUGA